AUGGUGGUGAUGCUCCUAUACUUCACCAGGAGCGAAGUAACUCAAGGGAUCGGGGUAACACUGGUGCCAGUGCUCAUGCUAGCAAUCAAGAGGCCAGAGGCCAGGGACCGAAAUGUCCUGCGCCACGCUCCUCAAGUGGAGUCUCCUUGGAUCACGUCCUCCAAGGAGUUGGAACGGUUAGCCGCCAUGGAUGUUGAACGGGAUCGAAUCCCGUUGUUCGAUUGCAGGAAGAUUUUUCCACCUGAUUCCAGCACGGAAACUAUCCGUGCUGAGUAA